AUGACAACGAAUUGUGUAGAUUCCAUGGAGUUAUUGGCCGUUGAUUCGCCGUACGACUUGUUGUUCAAAGCGGUGUUGUUGAUACCUAUUUCUCAUUAUUUAUUGGGACUUUUGUUUGUUUUGAUUGUUUUUCUGUACAAUUUUCUGGAAAUGCAUGUUCUUGGAGAUCUAUUCACCGGGUUCAGAGGACAGCCAGUUUCUUUGACUUUCAAUUCUUCCUCUCAAGUCUACCACGAUGUUAUUUCAAAGUGUAAAAUUCUUCAUGGAAGGUAUUUAGCCACUCCAUGGCUAUGCAGUCCUCAUCUUCAGACUGGAUUUUUACAUUUUUUUGGAAGGCCACCUGUUGUCGACUAUAAGAGACAGCUUUUUAUAACCUCGGAUGGUGGGACCAUAGCUCUGGAUUGGCUAACGAAUGCUGAUGUUAAGAAACAAGCCACCCAACUAAAUGAUGCAGUUCAGAUUGAUGGUAAAGAUCCAAUCAUGAUUGUCGUUCCUGGCUUAACAAGUGAUUCUGAUUCUGCUUAUGUCAAGCAUUUGGUUUUCAAGAUGGCUAAGAGUGGCUGGAACGUUGUUGUGAGCAAUCAUCGGGGCCUUGGGGGUGUAUCAAUAACUUCCGAUUGCCUCUACAAUGCCGGAUGGACAGAGGAUGUACGUAAAGUGAUUGACCACCUUCACUGUCAAUACCCUGAAGCUCCUCUGUUUGCUGUUGGGACAAGUAUUGGUGCUAAUAUUCUGGUUAAAUAUCUUGGUGAGGAUGGAAGUAAUGUCCCUCUUAUUGGGGCUGCAGCUAUCUGUUCUCCUUGGGACCUUUCGAUAUGUGACCGGUUUAUUAACCGUAGACUUGUGCAGAAAUUUUAUGACAAAGCUCUAACUUUUGGCUUAAAAGGUUAUGCGGAUUUGCACCAUUCUGUCCUUUCUCGUCUUGCAGAUUGGGAAGGCAUUAAAAAGUCACGUUCUGUCCGGGACUUUGACAAUUAUGCUACUCGUAUUGUUGGUAAAUAUGAGACAGUGGAUACAUAUUACAGGCGAUGUAGCAGUUCUAGUUAUGUAGGAAAUGUGAUGGUCCCCCUUCUCUGCAUCAGUACUAUAGAUGACCCAGUAUGUACGAGUGAAGCAAUUCCAUGGGAUGAGUGUCGGUUGAAUAAUAAUAUUGUUUUGGCCACAACACAGCAUGGAGGACACCUAGGAUUUUUUGAAGGGAUAACUGCAAAAAGUGUCUGGUGGGUAAGAGCAGUUGAUGAAUUUUUUGGUGCUCUGCAGUCUAGCCCAUUGUAUCACAGGAAAAAGGAGAUUGCAGUUCCCCUGAUCAAUCCUCAAGAGUCUUUGAUUGAUCAAGCUCCGUAUCUGAAUGUUGAGGAAGACGGGCUGGUGACUGCAGUACGAAGUGAACCAAUAGCCGAUGUAGGAGUUAAACAUGAGGAGGAUAUUAAGCAAAACAAGUCUGAAGGUGACAUUCCACAUGCAGAGGAAAUUGAUCACAGAACUAGAGAGAAAGAAGAUGAGAAAAUUGAGCUUGUUGGCUCCUCUGAUAUCAGCGAACACAAAGCCAGUGGCAUAACCGUUCCUGUCAAAAAAUGCUUAAACCAGAUUUCGCGCCAGAACAGGAAAUCACUGUGGCUGCUUGCUUACAUUGCAAUCAUUACCACUUGGCCAGUUGUGGGUUCAGCCCUGCUAUUGUUCUUAAAGAAGAAGUUUCAGAAUUUUGUCUCCGGACCAUCACUUAGAAGAUAG